AUGUGGACUCAACAUGAGGAUUGUGAGAGAAUUAUUGCUGCUGCAUGGAAUACAUUGGUUGAGGGGAGACUAAUGCAUCAAGUUGUUGAAAAAAUAAAACACACUCGUGUCUUCUUGUUACAGUGGUACCGUUCAGUUUUUUGUGCAACCAAAGGAGAGAUAAAACGAGUACAUGACAAAUUGAGGGUAGUUUGGAAUGAGCAUUGUGAUGACAGCACGCUUACCACUUAUAUUCAGAGAGCGUCUGGGCGAAAGCAAAGAAAUAAAAUCUCAAGUUUAAGGGAUGGUAACGGAAACUGGUGUGAUACAGACAGGGGCAUUGAAGGGAUUGUUCUGGAUUAUUUCGAAAAUCUGUUUCCAUCCACAUAUGCUGGCAAUGAUGGAGAAGUCUUAGCAGCUGUUGAAACUCGAGUUACUAGCACAAUGAAUGAGACUGCAGCAAAGGUCCUUGCUAACCGGUUGAAGACUAUUAUGCCCUCUCUCAUUUCUCCUAACCAGAGUGCGUUUGUCCUUGGUCAUCUCAUCUCCGAUAAUACCAUUUUAGCUGCUUUGUCACUUGGAAGAGGGAGAGGAACCAGUUUUAAUCAUUUGAAAGAGAGGAUUUGGAAAAAAUUGCAGAGAUGGAAAGGGAGAUUGUUAAGUGGCGCUGUCAAGGAAAUUUUAAUGAAAGUAGUGGCAUGGCCUACCUAUAUUUACUAUGAGCUGUUUCCUAUUACCUAA